CUCAAUAUCCACUGAGGUGACAGCUAACCUCAACUCUUCCCUUUGUUUACAUCGAAUAAUAAAUAAAAAUUAACUAAACACAAGCAACUUGAGUCGGACGAUUCAAACUAAAUCAUCCUGAAUCUUGCAGCUCAUUAAUAUCUAAUUGACUAUCAGAUCAACAUUCUGUCAAUCUUCAAUGACCAGCAAAACGUUUCUCCAUCAUAUACAACAACCACGCCUCGUGUAAAAGGACGAAGCUUCACAGUAUUUCCCCUUAAUUACCAAGUCGCCAGUUCCGAAGAUGAGUGACCUAGCGGAAGACAUAGAGAUCCUCGAGGAAAUAAAGCUUUUAGAAGAUGCUCUAGCCCAACAGCCAUCAACGGACCCCAUCGAUGAACCUGGAGAUCUCCCAUCCCAGCCAAUCUCGCGAUCCUCUCUCUAUACAAUCGCAGAUACCCUCCCCGCAUCGACCCCUGAAGAAUUCCUGAUAAAUGAAGCCUUUCAAAUGAACGAGUCCCUCCUCUCGAAAUGUCAUCUCCUGAAGAAUCAGAUUCUAGCCCGAAUCCAGGAGAUCCGUCAAGAACGAGAGAAGAUCUCCUCGAAACUGAAACUCGUGUCCAAGGCAGUCAAAGGAAUUCCCAGGCUGACUUAUAAAAGGUUCGGUUGUCCUUACUUUAAGGAUGAGCAGAUGUUUGGAGCCCCGUGGAAUGAGGACGCACACAACAAAUUCAAAAGGGGAGAAGGCAUGGUCGUGUAUCAGAGGUCCCCGCGUCGCUGGACUGUCAAAGACAGGAAUAGUCUGUGGAUGGCUGUUCGUCUUCAAGCGGCCACUGAACACUUCGAGAAGGAGACGAACAAACAGAUCCAGAGACAGAAACAAUCGCAAGCAAAAACCAGGUCAAAAACAGGCCCCAAAACCUCUAAGACGAAUGAAAAGUUUAAUCUGGACCUCGAGAAAUUUCAGCUGCCCAGCAAUUACCGAGAGAUGAUCGGUCCUUUAGGCUCCAGGGAAUUCGACUGGAUGAAGAUCGCAGCGCAUGAUUCCUACAAUCGUCACUCAGCAGAAGAAUGUCGGGUCAUGUGGAGCGUGUAUCUUCAUCCAGACGUUAAUCGAUAUAAGUUUACAACCCCUGAAGAUCAGGACUUGAUCAAAUCUGCUGGGGUCCACAACCAACAAGACUGGGACGCGAUUGCUGAUGCUGUGGGGACGGGAAGGUCUGGGUACCAAUGCAUCAUUCGGUACAUAACGCUAAUGGGUCCACUGAACUUGAAGAAUAAAGAUGUUCCAUGGACAGCUCGAGAAGACCAGAUUCUUAUUAAUGUUGUCGAGUCGCUGAGGGUUGGGAACUAUAUCCCUUGGAGUCAUGUGACAUUCUACAUCGAUAAUAGAAUCAAGAACCAGGUAUACUCUCACUGGAAAUACAACAUCGAUCCUUCCUUAAGAAAGGGUAGAUUCACAACUGACGAGGACGAGUUGCUCCUCGAAGGAGUCACCAAAUACGGCAAGAACUUCCCCAGAAUCUCGACAGAACUUCUCCCUCAUCGAACAAGCGUUCAACUAAGCGGAAGGUUCACCCUCCUAAUGUUGAAAACCGACCAGUCUUACAACUCCUGGACAGUCGCCGAAGACAUGCAACUGCUGAAACUUUACGAAGACUUGGGACCGCAGUGGAGUAAGAUCGCCGGCCUUAUGAAGAAGAACAGAACCUACGUGAGACACCGAUACUCCUGCAUCACUCGACAUCUCGCCAAAGGUCGCGAUCUAUCAAACAUUCCAAGGAAGCGAAGACGAAGUGGACAGUCCGAAGAAGAUGGGAAGAUCUUCGAUGAAAUGUUCGUGCUCGAUGACGUGACGGAGGCUAACGUGGAUGUUGACACGAGGUUGAAAAGGUACUUCGAGAGGAAUCAAGUGCCCAUUGCACCACCCGGCAGGAAUACUCAAUACUUUGACGCAGUGGAGCUUGACAGACACACAAGAGGACUCCACGAUUUAUUCGACAAGUUGGACGUCCGGCUGCAGAUCCCCAAGGAUUUGAAUAUCGAAGGAUUAACGGUGAAGGAUAAGCAGCUUCUGGUGUCUUUCCAGAAUUAUUCCUCUGGGAGAGGGACGAGGGGAAUUGACGAGCUGGAGAUUUUCAGGAAGAAGAUGUUUGGCGAGGAUAAGGAUAAACGAGAAGGCAUCAAUUUCUUCAUUCCCCCAGCUCCUUUUGGUCUUCAUUUCAAGAAAUGCGGAAAGAAAUGUAGCAAGAAGCGCUCUGAUAAGACGACAGAUGACGACUGUACCGUCGUCUUGGAUUUCAAUAUUGAGACUCCGAAGAAUGUUGACAAAAUGCUGAAGGAAGAAGAGAUCGAGGUAUUCGAGAAGUUCUCGGAAAUGCUGUCGAAGCCCUGUGCAAGAAUCAAUGCCUUCGAGCAGAAGUUGCUGACGAUGGAGACUGAACACGAGAGUGAUUUAAUCACUAAUACAGCCAUCAAUGCGAUAUCCUGGGGGAGGAAAAUGGGGGAAAAGACGAAAACGAUCGAGGAUGUUGAGGGCGAGCGGAAGAAAUUCGUGGAACCCCGCUAUUCUACGCUAUUGGGGUACGAAACUCUGAGAUACAUGAAGGAGGCCAAUGGAAGUCUCGAGUGGACAAAAACCGAGAGGAAGAUGAGCAAGGAGCCUGUUUCACCUUUUGGAAAGAGGGCUUUUCAUACUUUUAAAACUAGGUUCACGAGACUUUUCAAGUAUCCCAUUGGAAUUGUAAAGUAUGCUGAGAUGAAAGUUUGCAAUUCGAAUUUGGUGGGGGCGCUUAGAGAAUCGGAAGCGGAAGAUAAGGAGGACGAGGAUUGAAGUAAUUAUUUCAUUUCAAAUCGAAUUCAAAUAAAAUAAGAAUUAAACAAUAAUGUUUUUUAUUCAGUAAUAAUAUCCAAGUUUUGACAAACCACCGAUUUAAUAUUUAAUUUAAUAUUUUCAUUGAUUGAUGUUACAAAAGUGUGAUAUUUUUAUUACACAGAUUUUCUAAUAAAUUGUUAUUAAAGUACAACCAUUAUCAUGUGUUUAUACAGAAAGAAUACCACAUCAAUUACGCACUUAAUUAGGUUU